AUGUCGACGGCCUACCCCCUCCCUACAGGCCUUUCGCCGGCGACGGUCAAAAACACUGCUUCGCUGCUUCGGAUCGUCGCACUCGCGCUUAUUUCUGGCGCCGCUAUCGCCUCUCGUUUGUUUGCUGUCGUCAAUUUUGAAAGUAUCAUCCAUGAAUUCGAUCCAUGGUUUAAUUAUCGAGCGACAAAGGUGUUGGCUUCGAAGGGUUUCUAUGAAUUCUGGAAUUGGUUCGAUCCCACUGCGUGGUACCCCCUCGGAAGGGUCGUUGGUGGAACCGUUUACCCAGGCUUAAUGGCGACCAGUGGUGUCAUCUACAACGCACUGCACGCUCUCAACCUGCCUGUGGAUAUUAGAAAUGUGUGUGUGCUGCUAGCACCUGGGUUUAGUGCGUUGACAGCAUGGGCUACGUAUAUGCUUACAAAGGAAAUGAAGGAUGAAAGUGCAGGUCUUCUUGCGGCAGCCUUCAUUGGAAUUGUACCAGGCUAUAUCUCGCGUUCAGUGGCAGGUUCCUACGAUAACGAAGCUAUUGCCAUCUUCCUCCUCAUGUUCACCUUCUUCUGCUGGAUUAAAGCUCUGAAGCAAGGGAGCGCAUUGUUCGGUACCAUCGCUGCAGUGUUCUACUUCUACAUGGUCGCGGCUUGGGGCGGAUACGUGUUCAUUACGAACAUGAUACCCCUGCACGCUCUCGUCCUCAUACUCAUGGGCCGAUUCUCUCACCGCCUCUACGUAGGGUACUCUUCCUGGUACGUUGUUGGGACUCUUGCGAGUAUGCAAGUCCCCUUCGUUGGUUUCCAGCCUGUCAGCACUAGUGAGCAUAUGGGCGCACUCGGUGUCUUCGGUCUCCUCCAGAUCGUAGCUUUCACUCAGCUCGUUCGGUCGCACUUGUCAUCUACACAAUUCCGAAGCCUUCUUAAUGUUGGCCUCUUUGUUGUUGGUAUCCUCGGAACCGCAGCCUUUGUUGGCCUGACAGUCAAGGGCACAAUUGCGCCAUGGACCGGUCGUUUCUACUCGCUCUGGGAUACCGGUUACGCCAAAAAGUACAUCCCCAUCAUUGCCUCAGUCUCCGAACAUCAACCGACGGCCUGGCCUUCUUUCUUCAUGGAUCUCCAGUUCCUCAUCUUCCUCUUCCCCGCAGGUGUCGUCAUGUGCUUCCGCGAGCUUCGUGACGAGCACCUCUUUGUGAUCAUCUACGCCGUCAUGGCCAGCUACUUUGCUGGGGUUAUGGUCCGUCUUAUGCUAACUCUUACCCCCGUUGUUUGCGUGGCUUCCGCAGUCGCUCUAUCAACCUUAUUGGAUACUUACAUUGAUCCCACUGAACCCGAUGUCGUUGAAGAGCAAGUCCCUGCAUCCACUGAUACUACGGCAUCUCCUGCUCAGGCUGUGGCAACUCCAGCCACCACUUCCAAGAAGGCUAAGAAAGCUGCGGCUGCUGGUCCCCCACCAGUUUCAAGCCCUCUCACCAAUCUCAUUGCAGCUACUUCUCCGGCGAAGAAGGGUAGUGCACCCCCACCUAAAGGCAUCUUCGGGAUCGACGCUCGUCUUGUUGUAAUCCUCAACACCCUUAGCAUGCUCUUCUUCUUCGUAUUCCAUUGUACCUGGGUCACAUCCAACGCGUAUUCCUCACCCUCUGUCGUCUUGGCGUCGCAGAACCAAGACGGAAGUCAGCAUAUUAUCGAUGAUUUUCGUGAGGCGUAUUAUUGGCUCAGGCAAAACACACCUGAGACGGCUGUCGUUAUGAGUUGGUGGGACUAUGGAUAUCAGAUCGCCGGUAUGGCUGACCGGCCGACUCUGGUUGACAAUAACACUUGGAAUAACACUCACAUCGCAACAGUUGGCAAGGCCAUGUCAAGUUCUGAGGAGGUUGCCUACCCCAUCCUUCGCAAACACGAUGUCGACUACGUUCUCGUCAUCUUUGGUGGGCUUCUAGGCUACUCCGGUGACGACAUCAACAAGUUUUUGUGGAUGGUUCGGAUCGCUCAAGGUGUUUGGCCCGAUGAGAUACAGGAACCCAAUUAUUUUACCCCUCAGGGAGAAUACAGAGUCGAUGACCGCGCAUCGCAGACGAUGAAGGACAGUUUGAUGUACAAAAUGUCUUAUUAUCGAUUCGCGGAACUCUUUGGUGGCCAGCAAGCCACAGACAGGGUUCGCCAGCAAGUUCUGCCAAAAGCCGGACCUACAUUGGAUUAUCUCGAUGAGGCAUUCACCUCUGAAAACUGGAUCGUACGUAUCUAUCAGGUCAGGAAAGAGGACCCUCUGGGACGAGACUUAAAAUCUGCAAAUGCUUUCGAAAAGGGGAAGAAGCGGAAACGCAGUAAGCCACAACAAAGGCGGAGGGUGGCAGUCGCUUAA